AUGGUCAUUGUUUCAGACAGAGCAUUGUCCAUUGAAAAUGCUUGUGUGAAUGUGCUUCCAUGGGUCACUAGAGGAAUAUGCUACUAUCAUCUUCAGCAAAAUAUUAUCAAGACAUAUGGUGGUAAGGAGCUUAUGUAUCUGGUUAAAGGAGCUGCUUAUGCCCACACUCUAGCUGAAUAUAAUCGGUGCAUGGACUCACUAAGAGCUGCGCACCCAGAACUCGCAGCAUACAUGGAGUUGGCCGACCCUAAGCUUUGGUCUAGAGUACAUUUUCCCGGUGAUAGGUACAACAUCAAGACGAGCAACAUUGCUGAAUCUAUCAACUCGGCUAUUAAAAAGGCAAAGGGUUUUCCCAUACCCUCUCUACUCCAGUUUAUUAGAGAGAUGUUAGGGCGGUGGUUCUACAAAAGGCGUGAAGAUGCUUUAAGUCUGCAGACACCAUACAGCAAGGGAGUUGAGUAUAUACUGGCCAUCCGUGAACAUUACGCUCAGUAG